UAGUUCGCGCGCGACGUCACAGAUGGCGCGAGUCGGUCGGUAAAUUUGCGAGAAGCGGAAAAAGCGUGAAAAUAAAAGGAAAAAAUUUAAUCAUCUAUUCUCCGAUAUUUCAAAGUUCUUUCCUUUCGUAUGUUUUUAUUGCUCUUUAAUUUGCCGGUAAAAAAUCGUUUAUUUUUGUAAAUCUUCUACUUUGUGUGACCUUUGUAUAACCUCUAUGUAUUUUAUUUGGUUUAAAAAUAGCUUCGUUAUCACGAUAUAUAAUUAUUAUGCAAAAGUAAUUAUUGAUAUUGAAAUUUGAUCGGAUAUAAUGUAUGAAGGAUCCUUGGGAAAUAUCGAGGAUACUUUUGACAGUUGCUUAUCAUGACGAACGAAGAUGACGUGUGGAGUGAACUGGCGAACAUUCCCGCCGAUCCUCCCGAAACAAGGGACAAAUGUCAACAGUGCAAGAGACCUGUGCAAGUAUGUUGGUGCCCAGGUUUGCCGAAGCAAUGUCUCAACCCGGCAUCAAGAAUAAUAAUCUUACAGCAUCCAGCAGAGGCAAAGCGUUGCUUGCGUACGGUGCCAAUGCUCACAUUAGCUUUGGAAUCAGGGAAGUGCCUAAUCUUCAGGGGAAAGAAGUUUCCAUUGCCUAAGCACGAAGGCCUUUCAGAAAUAUUAAACGAUAAAAAUACUAUUUUAUUAUAUCCAUCUCCUGAUGCUAUUGCACUGGAUACGCUAGAUCCAGUUGGAAUUAACGAACAAAAGCCAUACAAUUUGGUUCUGUUGGAUGGAACAUGGCCACAAGCAAAAGCGAUUUAUCACUCGAGCCCAGCUUUAUAUUUUCUACGAGCUUGCAAGUUAAUUGGUGUACCCACUAGUCAGUAUGUAAUCAGGACGCAGCCAACAGAAGGUUGUCUCUCGACAUUAGAAACUGGAGCGAGUGCGCUUUCAAUUUUAGAAGGCGAUCCCGAAUUAAGAGAAAAGAUGUUGGGUCCAUUACAUUAUCUAUGUAGAUUUCAAUUAGAAAAUGGUGCUGUGACACACCAGAGUAAGGAAUUUCUUAUCAAACAAAAAAAUUAUCCCAAAUUAAUUGGCAAAAGACUUGCCAAACAGUUACGUAUCUUACCAGAUAAUACUUUGUAACAUUAGGACAUAUUUGAUCAUACAUAUAUAUUCUCAUUUCAUUGUUUUGGAAUAUCUGUUCAUAUCAAACAUUUUCUACAUUUU